CCUCUCUUCUCCUUUUCUUCUCUCCUCUCCUUCUCUCUCUCCAGUUUUUAGGUUAGACCAGCAUCAUGUCCUCCAGCAACUGAGGAUGUGGGUGUCCCCCAGGGCUUUAGUCCCCGACACCUAUACACCAGGCUGGACCAGUGAGACUGCUAUCUCGAUAUUUCCACACAACAGCCCUGGCUAGCAGCCAGGUCAGCUCAUCAGGCCUUGUGACAGCACAGUUGUCCUUCAAGACCAAAACUGAACUUCUUUUUCCCUUCUACCCAACCCAUUGAAUGGCUCACACCAGCAGAACAGCAACAUUGCCAGGCCAUUAAAACUCAUAUGCCACAGUCUCCCUUUUCAUUAUGACUAGAGCCGUCACAUUGUGGCUUUCUGCUUUUAUAUUAUUUAGCUUCAGCUAAGAAUGCAAGAUAAAGUAUUUUAUGAAACACUUGGGAAUGAUUAAACAGUAACAUUGUUAAUUGUUUAUAUAUCUUGAUAUGGUUUCUAGACAGCCUGAUGAACCUCCACUUGAUAAAGGUCACAUUCCUUGGCUUGGGCACGCACUGGAAUUUGGUAAAGAUGCUGCCAAGUUCCUGUCUGAGAUGAGAAAGAAGCAUGGUGAUAUUUUCACGGUUCAAGUUGCAGGAAAAUUUGUAACUGUCUUAUUGGAUCCACAUUCCUAUGAAGUGGUGCUUUGGGAAUCAUGUGCCAAGUUGGACUUCGGUCAAUAUGCACGCAUUUUAAUGAAACGGAUGUUUGAUGUGAAGCUCCCCGAUUAUGAUUCUAAUGAGGAAAAGGCCAUACUGAGAAUCACUCUGAAAGACAAGAAUCUUCCCAGCCUGACGAAGGCCAUGUGCCUUAACCUGCAAACCAUUCUGCUUCCUGGCCCCAGUAGAGCCAGUGGGCAAUGGAAAGAGGAGGACCUGUUUCAGCUCUCCUACAGCACGAUGUUCAGAGCUGGAUUCCUGACACUGUAUGGCAAUGAAAGCAGGAGUUAUGAAGAUGUUAAUAGUCAAGCUAAAGACCGAGCUCAUUCAAUGGAAGUUUAUAAUGCAUACUAUAAACUAGACCAAUUUUUGAUGAAAGCUGCCCGCUCAACUUUGAGUGUAGUGGAAAAAUGGAAAUUUUACAACAUCAGGAAGGAUCUCUGGAAAUUUUUUUCUGUGGAAAGACUGGACAGCAGAGCAAACCAAAGUGUUUGGUUGAACAGCUAUAAGCAGCAUUUGGUAGACCUUGGUGUGAAUGAAGAUAUGCAAGCUAGAGCCAUGGUGCUGCAACUUUGGAGUACUCAGAGCAAUGCUGGCCCAGCAGUUUUUUGGCUUCUCCUGUUUCUUUUAAAACAUCCUGCAGCCAUGGCAGCAGUUCAAGCUGAAAUGGAAAGACUAUUUAGAAACAGACAUUUAACAACCAGGCCAAUUUGUGAGAUAACCAACCAAGAAGUUUUGGAUAGCACACCCAUUUUGGACAGUGCUUUGAAUGAAACACUGCGCUUGACGGCAGCUCCUUUUAUCAGCCGAGAGGUCCUUCAGGACAUGCCCCUGAGACUGGCAGGUGGUAGAGAGUACCACCUGAGAAAGGGAGAUAGGCUUUGCCUCUUUCCACUGAUAAGCCCUCAGAUGGACCCUGAAAUCUACGAAGAGCCAGAGAAGUUUGUAUAUGACCGGUUUCUCAAUUCAGAUGGCACAGCAAAAACAGACUUCUAUAAAGGAGGAGAAAGGCUCAAGUAUUACAAUAUACCAUGGGGUGCCGGAGUAAAUGUCUGCAUUGGAAAGUUCUUUGCAGUUAAUAGCAUCAAACUAUGUGUUUUCCACCUCUUAAACUAUUUUGAUUUGGAACUGAAAGAUUCUGCUAUAGAGAUCCCAGGCUUCGACAAGGAGAGAUAUGGCUUUGGAAUGCUGCAGCCAGAAACGGAUGUCAGAAUUCGAUAUAAAUUAAAAGAUCAGUAAAGUGA